AUGACUGUAGAAGAGUGCAAUAAAAUAUUCAAAGUAUGGGCUUAAAAUUACUUUAAUGAUCUCAAUAGCUGGGCUUAGAUAGCAAAAGCGACAAUUAGUUUUGAAAUGUCUCAGAUAAAUUCAGGCACUAAGGACUCCAAGCAAAAGGCAUAAGCAAUGAUGAAAUUUGAAAAGGAUGCUCAUGAACCUAUAUUUGCUCAAUCAGUAGAAAUAAGCAAUAAGCAAGCAAAAUAGGUCUGCUAUGAGAAAAUAACAAAAGAACUUAUAAGUAGAGGUGAUCUUGGGAUCGGGUUUAAAAAUAAGGAAAGCCUUGACUAGCAACUCAAAAAAUAUGAUAAACUGAUAGAAUAAUCAAGCAAUUUAAAUGGUUAAGUUAAGAUUAGAGAAGUUAAUAUAGCAUAGCCGAAAUAAACAGUCAUUUUAAACCAUAUCAAUAGCGAUCAAAUUGACAAAGCCUUAGAGUUACUUUGCGAGUUUAUAAAAGAAAUUACUAAUCCAGAAUUAUAUAAACUCAGCUGGUAAAAAUUAGGCUUAAUAUGGUUAACAAUUCUAUAAAAAUAAGACUUAAAGCUAGCACAGCAAUUCAUAGAAAUAUUAAGAUGCGAGGGAAACCUACUUAAAACGAUAGCAGCUGACACGAUGUUCAUUAAAACAAAUAUUACUCUACAAUUUCUUGACAAACUCUACAGUAGUAUGAUUUUUGUUGCUAACAAUGAUUACUUUUUCAGUCAAAUUUAGUAAUUAAUCAGCAAUAGCUUUAGUGUAUUUGAAAAAGACUUUCUUAAUUGA